GGUCCAAGAAGUGAAAAUAAUCAGUGAGCCAAUCUGUGCGUCAGGUAUAAAAAGGCUCACACCCUGUCUCCUCUCCAUCUCAGACACUGCGACGACUCUGCUCUAAAACUUUCUAAAGCUUCAUACUACUUCCUCAGGAUGGACUUCCAAAUGUUUGCCCUGGUGAUGCUGUUCCUGGCCUGUGUGGAACAAAGCUUGGCCACCUGUGUGGUGGACAGCUUCACAGUCAAGGAGGACUUUGACCCCCAGAGAUAUGCAGGAAAGUGGUACGCUCUGCAGAAGAAGGAUCCCGAGGGUUUGUUCCUGCAGGACAACAUUUCCGCUGAAUAUACUGUUGGAGAUGAUGGUGCCAUGGUUGCCUCCUCCAGGGGCAGAGUCACACUCUUUGGAUUCUGGGUUGUGUGCGCUGACAUGGCUGCUCAGUACUCCGUUCCUGACCCUUCCACCCCCGGCAAGAUGUUCAUGAACUACCAGGGCCUGGCCAGCUACCUGUCCAGUGGCGGUGACAACUACUGGGUCAUUGACACAGAUUAUGACAACUAUGCCAUCACCUAUGCCUGCCGCACCCUGAAGGAUGAUGGAAGCUGCGAUGACGGCUACUCCCUGGUCUUCUCCCGCAACCCCCGUGGCCUCCCCCCUGCCAUCCAGAGAGUGGUCCGCCAGAAGCAGGAGGAAAUCUGCAUGGGUGGACAGUUCCAGCCUGUGCUGCAGUCCGGUGCUUGCUAAAUCUGUCAAGCUGGAGUUUGAUACACUGCAUUGAUCAUCCCGCCCAGCAUGUGCAUGAAGCUCCUCUCAAAGACACAAAUAGCACAAUAAUCCUGUUAUGUUCAAGUUUAUUAUUUGCUGUGUCUCAGAGAAGGGCGAGAGAAUUAUCGAAUAAAUCCAAUUCAACUUCCCGUGGAAAAAUAAGUAACCCUGCCAAAAUGCAAAUAUAUUCCCCAAAGCCUAAACUAAUGAAACCUGUUACUGUGGGUGAGAAUGAAGAUACAACCAACUGUACUGUAUUGUCAUUCUGAUGGGUAACAUCUGCACUGUUAAGAGAUACUACUGUGAUAUUGGUGACAAUAAAUUUUGUAAAGAAA